AUGAAACGGUUCCUUCCGAAACAGAGAAAAGAACCCCAUAGGGACAAUAGCGAGCCCCAAGCUGGCUCUGCAAACGCAUCUUCAUGUUCGGAAAACGAUUCUCUUCACGAGCUUCGGCCUAUGUUUCAGCAUGAAAGUUCCAGCACCACGAAUGAUAUCCAACUCAACACGAACCCUAGCAUAUAUGCGCCAUCCUCCCGAGCAGAAGAGUCAGACAUAUCAAGAUCUCUUUUCUCCAGUCGACAGUCAUACUCAACAAGGCAGCUGUCGUAUACAUCCUCCAAAUCGAAGAAGGCUUCUUCCGGAGGAGUUGGACCGGCUCUUCAGGUGUUUGAUAUUCCUGAAGACAAAGAGAACGGAGGCUCUCCACAGGACUCUAUAAAUGAGGUACUUCAUGUUCUAUGGCAGGAUGUGUCUUAUAUCAGGACGGAGUAUCUCAACUCCCUGCUUACCUUAUCUACCUGCGUGGUCAACAUAAUCGACUGUCUCAAGGAUUUCGUGACAUUUACUGAAUCAUUUGAUGAUAGCCUGGUUUGGUCGUUUUCCGCCUACGAUAAUGCCGAUGUCAGAAGAGUACUUAAGACCUACCUCCACCUUUACGAUAAUCUUUUGAAGGACGAGGCCUACGUCAGACUUAAACUCCUCUUAUGCAAGAAUUUUAACGACUUCACUUCUUCCUUGAAGAGUACAACUAGAAGAAAUGUUGGCUCUUCCACGGUUGCAAAACCAAAGAACUUUGCUAUCGGCGCUAAUGGAGGUAAACCGUUACCACGCCAGGAGGCCAUCACUCGGAUUAUGCGAAGGAUUGCAGAAAGUUCGACGCCUAUUCAAGAGCAGAAUGGUUCGUUCAUUGCCCCGAUCGCACGAGGUCCUUCUGAGGACAUGAAUGUCUUGUGCUUGUAUUUCGGUUACCCCAACCCUUCCGAAUACCACAAUAAUGUUAUCAGUACUAUACAUGAGCUCUACGACGACAUUCACGUUUUGGUCAACAAAAACAAGAUUGAAGCAGCGUCAACGGCUUCCCCAUCACCAAAUGUUCCCUUCCCCGGAGUCCAUGUUCCACCCACAACGCCGCAUAACCCCACACGCUUCAAACUACCUUUCAGAGUUCCAAGCGACUCUACAAGUCCGCCAAUGUCUCUCUCAGUAUCCACAGAGAAUGCAAAGCGGAUUGACACGGAGAAGCAACCGCAUCUCUCUUCCUAUGCCAAAUCAAAGUUUGCCAUGACAUGCGGGCAUGUCUGUCUAGACAAACGAGAAGAGAGUGUGGACUAUCCACAUGUGUCAUCACCCUCGUCUGUUCUAAUCGGCCUCUAUAAACAGGCUCUUCAGGAACAACAACAGAAGUGCGUUGAGAAUGAGGACAAGUCAAUGCUUGAGUCGAAGAUUGCCUACACUUCAGUGUUGAGGCAACUUGACGAGAUGUUCCCGGUAGGAAAAGUGAAGGUUUAUGACCCCAAGGACAAGCAAGAAAGAUCUGAAGUUCGCAACUUCCCCAAGCAUCGGUUCGGUCAGAUAAUAUGGGGCGAGAGGACUUUGAUACAAGCGAAGCGUACCAAGGAUGGUCGCCAUUUGAAGGAGAAGAGACUUAGUGAUUUGGCAGUUAUCAAGGUCAAUAAGUUGCUCAAAUGUGAUCAAAAUUUCCUUGGUGAUGACAUUGCUUUCAACGAAUAUGACACCUCCUUGAUCUUUGAGAACCUUUACGUAAGGAAGAUCAUUCUGCUUGGUCGCCUGGCUAGAGAUAUCACCGAAAAUAUUAACGAGGUGGAUUCGAUGGCGUCAACCAACUCUAUGGACUCAGAUGGCAAUACCACCCACAGAGGUCUACUGGUGUUCAAGUACGGCUCUACAACGAAAUUCACCAAGGGUUUUCUCAAUGGAAUCAAACUUGUUUAUUGGUUGGACGGUGCCAUCCACUCAUCGGAGUUCGUGGUGAACUCCUGUGAAAAUACUACCGCAUUUGCUGCUGGCGGCGAUAGCGGCUCUUGGAUUUUGACUAAGCUUGAGAAUGUGAAGGGUCUGGCCAAGAAGGAUGGUUUGGGAGUUGUUGGUAUGCUUCACUCUUACGACGGUGAAUUCAGACAGUUUGGUCUAUUCACACCCAUGACCGAGAUUUUAGACCGUUUGGAGGAGGUCACCAAGAUCAAAUGGGGCGUUGUUGGUGUGCAAGAGAAGGGAAGCGAGAUCGUUUCUAAUGAGUCUGAGACUAGCUCGGAGCUUGAUAGCGACUCGGAAGAUGACAGCGAAUACGAAGAUGUGUUAGAGGAGCAAACAAAGGCUCUAGGAAUUGAUUAA